AAAUGGAAAUCUUUGGGCACAGGGCUGCUUGCUGCCCUGAGCGGGAUACUAAAUAUGAUUUAUUUUGUGUAAUCUGUGAUCUUGAUUAUUGCCAAUUGGUGAGGCAGCCCGCAGCCCUAGACGCGCUUCUACAUAUACAUCGGAGGACGGUGAUUAAUCGUAACGAGGUGCGCUUUUAUGGGGACAUUCCCCGCCUACCAAAAGGUUAAGAGGACACCACCUUACCAGGCUUGGAGGGUGGCCGGCAGCAUUGGGGAGGGGGUGUAGCAGUUUAAGGAGUGGGUUUCUUGAGCGGACUAGGGGCUAGAGUUGGUAUUUUGAGGGUAAAUGUGUAGUUAUGAGAAUGGGCUGAAAAUGGAAUGAAUAAAAAGAAACUUCUUUUUUUUUUUUUACACUGUCACUGCCAAAGUAAGAUGGAACAUCAUAUUAAUUCCGUGUCUUGGGCUGCUGGGCCGGGGUGCAGGAGGGUUGAUUUAUACGUAUUUAAAAUAAACUGUGUGGCCAGCCAGCUCUUUCAUUGUUUGGUAGCCACCUCCACACACUGAGCCUUUACCUCUUGCUGUCGGCUUCCUGUUUUUUCCCCCAUAGGAGUUAAAAUGUCCCCCAGAUUAAAAAAGACCCCCCCAAAGUACCCUGAAGAGUUUGAGAGGCUUCUCCAGUCUCUCAUCAGCCUAGGCUUUGACUGUUACAAUGAUGAAGAACAGGUUUAGUGUUUCUGGGUCCUUCUGCCCAACUAACCCUAAGUGGUGAAAGCUAAACCAUAUUGGUUCCUGCAUUCCACAUAUCCUUUUGUUGAUUUGUUCUCAGUGGCUUCAGGCUAGAAGUGUAGAGGACAAACAAUCCCAGGUCUUUACCCCCAACCAAGGCAAGGCUGAGUGGCUUCAUGAGCGGGAGUGGGCCAGAUCACACUGGACUACCACAGGGAAGGAACCCCAAAUCGAGGUAUGCUCCCGAAAUUUAACUUGGGACAGGCCCCAGUGGGUGAAGGACUGAGUUCCAAGGUCUUUGCCAUCAAAGGGAGCAGAAAAAGUUGUUUUGUCAAUCAACUGCACUGGGCUCCAUCAAAAUUUGAAGUCGGUGGACAUUUUUCUUUGCUCACUGCCUUGGAGCUGCGAGCCUGCCAGCUUAGUCAGCUGAAUCCAAUUACUGCGAGCAGCAUUUCAUUUGGCCCCAUGGAGCACUCACUUAUAACUUCCCCGAAAUUUUCAAUAAUCCCCACCAAGGCUCCACUCUGGCCCCAUCCUGAAGAGUUUUCCCUGGGUGCUGCUGGUGGGUGGGGUGUGGGGGUCGGGUUGUCUGGAGCCAGCUCUUCCCCGUCAGCUGGCAGGCAGGACCCUUCUGCUUCUGAAGUUUCUGGCUGGGAAAGGAGUAGUAGAACUCAGAGAGGACGGAGCCAGCCGGGUGCAGAUCACGAUUUGGGGCACCCAGAAGGCAGAAAAUAGGCCAGUGCUGCCUAGCUUGAAGGUGUGGAGGGGAAGGAACUCAGAGAAAGUUCUGGGGGAAAGCGUGUUUUGAUUGUGACCCAACUAACCAACUUGGAACCGGGGUUCCCUUUCUACUUCCCAAGCCCACUGUGCCCAGCGCUCAGAGCGCACCACUCACCCUAGAAAGCCCAGGCACGAACUUACCCGGCUCCUCAGCGCCUGGAAAACACAAUUUAACUAGAUGCGUUGAGAGUGGGAGACUCUUCUUCUCAGGGAAUGAUCCUACUUCUAAAGAAGCCCUUUUCAAAAAUAAAUAAGAUAAUCAAGCGGCGGCACAGGUUGAUGUCUGCCCACGCGAUUGUAUAAUAUAAAGUGGUUUGAGGUCUUCGGCCACGGGUUUGAGCAUCCUGAUAACAUCUCUACUGCGCCACUCUUGGGGGCCCCCUGCCAAGAGGGUUGGGGUGUAGUGAGCAGGCAAAUGACGUGCCCCCUUGGACCCAGGUCGUCUGGGAAGCUGAAGCCAGGACGCAAAGUUAGAAGUCCUACCGGGCUGGGAUCUCUCUGAGGCGCUUCCGUUGGGUGUUCAUUAAGGGGUGAGUUAUUGCAGCGUGAGCCAAAGGUCACUUCAAAGGCUUAUGGCUACGCUCUCUAGUCUUUAGAAGCGCCCUGAACGCUUUGUGUGGGGUUUUCCCGGGCGCAGUUUAGUGUUUGCAAACUACUGAGUCGACAAAUUGCACGGGGCAGAUCAAGAGACAGACUGCGUCCCUCUCCCUUCACCUGACCAGGGGCCAGCGCCUGCUGAACAGCCGCAGUGCUCAGCGGCUUGGUCGUAGUUUUGAGGUGGAGGUAGGGAGGGCUGUUGGUUUCUUAGGAGGUUUAUAGCCUAGCCUCGAUCCAGACUUGAGCAACCCAGGCCCAGAAUGGUUUGGGUAUUUUUCUAACACACCCAGGAAAGCUAGCUGAGCCAGAGAUACAAUGUGCAACCCAGGAUAUAGCUAGCGUCUAGCUCCGGGUUCACUCGGGCCCUUGGGGCAGCUCCAGCAGCAGCCAUCCACCGGGAGCACCUAAGUAGCUACCCUCCUUUCCCGCUCUCCUAACCUGUAGCCUUCCUCCCACCUUCAUCCACGGCUUUCCCUGCGCGGGCUGACCCACUCGGCUCACCCCCGGGUCCUUUCCUCACGAACAGGUUCUCUCCCCUCCCCCAUCCAGCCAAGGAUUUUGCCCUCUAGCUCCCCUGGAGCCAACUGAGUCUUCAUUCUGCUGGGGCCAAAGCGUCUGGAAUGGCUGCAGGCACCACAGACAAUAGUCACAUUGAUUAUGACACCCUGAAAAAGGCUAACGGCUCUCCUGGUGUGUUUGCAAGGCAGAACCGGCUGCUACUGAGAUUCCCAUUUUGUUCCAGAUCUGCUUCCACAGAAUAUCAAGGAAAACUGAAGAGCCUACAAAAAGAGUUAGAAACAAAAUUCAGGAAAAUAAACACAUACAAAAUUGUGGUGAGUGGGGGUGGGGUGUGCAUUUCCAUAUCCCCCCCCACCCCUUCAACUCAAAGUAGCCACCCCAGGAUUCAUACAUCAAGACAUAAAACAAAGGGCGGCUUUGAAGUGGAUCACCUCAGUGUGAGCUGCCGCCUGUUACAUGAGAACCGAUCAUCGGCCUUCAAAUUUAUGGCGCUUUAAUAGAGUGCGUCCGCUGUCUUAAAUGCAGGGUCACCUGGAGCCGGGGAGCUGGCCCAGCUCUCUGGAGAUUCAGCAGCCCCUGGCCUCGGUGGUGAAGGAGACAGUGGUAGUCAAUGUUAUUUGAGCGGGCUCAGCAGGCCCUGGAGCUUCCUGAGUGCACCAUGCAGAAGGCUGCGUACUAUGAGAACCCAGGACUCUUUGGAGGCUAUGGUUACAGCAAAGCCACCGACGCUUAUGGCUACAGCACUCCUCACCAGCCUUACCCACCCCCUGCCGCUGCCAACUCCCUGGACAGUGACUACCCAGGUUCUGCCUGCUCCAUCCAGAGCGCGGCACCCCUCAGAGCCCCAGUCCAUAAAGGAGCCGAACUCAAUGGUAGCUGCAUGCGACCUGGCACUGGGAACAGCCAGGGCGGGGGUGGUGGCAGCCAACCUCCAGGUCUGAACUCAGAGCAGCAGCCACCACAACCUCCUCCUCCACCACCCACCUUGCCCCCAUCCUCGCCCACCAAUCCCGGAGGUGGAGGGCCUGUCAAGAAGACCAAGGGGGGGCCUAAUGCGUCUGGCUCCUCAGCCACCAUCAGCAAGCAGAUCUUCCCCUGGAUGAAAGAAUCCCGGCAGAAUUCGAAGCAGAAGAACAGCUGUGCCACUUCAGGAGAGAACUGCGAGGACAAGAGCCCCCCAGGCCCAGCAUCCAAGCGGGUGCGCACAGCGUACACCAGUGCUCAGCUGGUGGAGCUGGAGAAGGAAUUCCACUUCAACCGCUACCUGUGCCGGCCGCGCCGCGUGGAGAUGGCCAACCUGCUGAACCUCACCGAGCGCCAGAUCAAGAUCUGGUUCCAGAACCGCCGCAUGAAGUACAAGAAGGACCAGAAGGCCAAGGGCAUCCUGCACUCACCGGCCGGCCAGUCCCCAGAGCGCAGCCCACCUCUUGGAGGAGCGGCGGGCCACGUGGCCUACUCCGGCCAGCUGCCGCCCGUGCCCGGCCUCGCCUACGACGCACCCUCGCCACCCGCUUUCGCCAAAUCGCAGCCCAACAUGUACGGCCUGGCCGCCUACACGGCGCCGCUCAGCAGCUGCCUGCCGCAGCAGAAGCGCUACGCGGCUCCCGAGUUCGAGCCCCACCCGAUGGCGAGCAACGGCGGCGGCUUCGGCAGCGCCAACUUGCAGGGCAGCCCCGUGUACGUGGGUGGCAACUUCGUCGACUCCAUGGCGCCCGCAUCCGGGCCGGUCUUCAAUCUGGGCCACCUCUCGCACCCGUCUUCGGCCAGCGUGGACUACAGCUGCGCCGCGCAAAUCCCUGGCAACCACCACCACGGACCGUGCGACCCUCACCCCACCUACACAGAUCUCUCGGCUCACCACUCGUCUCAGGGACGCCUGCCCGAGGCCCCCAAACUGACACAUCUGUAGCGGUUGCCGCCGGCCUGGUAGCUCGGCGCAAUUACCUCUCUGGUUUUGGUGGCAGGGGUGGUGGCGGGGCGGGGCCCGAGGGGCAGCUCGGGGGACCCCCCCUCCCCGAUCUGGUCUGGCCGCUGCCUCAUGAGUCUCGGGCUUCCAGCGGCCGAGGCUGAUACGACUGGGCCUCCCCUCCAGGCGCGUCCUCCUUUGGGUGACUCGCCAUAAAUCAGCCGCAAGGAUCCUCCCCUGUAAACCUGACAGUGCCAUAUACUGCGGACCGAGGGACUCUAAUCUGGUAAUGGUGUCCCUAAGGUAAGUCCGAGACCCAUCCUUGGCGUGUCCUGAAGAGGGACUAGGGCCUGGAGAAUCCCGGGCCUGGCCCCUCCGUCUAGCUUAGUUUCAGAGACCUUAAUUUAUAUGCUCCUUCUCCUCCUGUAAAGAUUGCAUUGGACUAAACAAUCUGUAUUUAUUAUUUGAAGCGAGUAAUUUCGUUUCCCUGAUUAUUUAUCCUCGUCUUAAUGUAUUUAUGUGUAUAUUUGUAGAAUUCUCCGGACGGGCCUAGGUACGCGCUCCCAGGCCUUGGGGGCCACAUUUCACCUCUUUAGUCCCCUUGGUCUGAACUAGUUGAGAGAGUAGUUUUGAGCAGUUGUAACCGUGGCUGGUGUUUGUAGUUGAUGUAAAGGAUUGAGAUCAUAAAUGGUCCUUCAUGGGUAGAGUCAGGCAGCCCGGUGGCAUGGCACGGCUCACGGUAGCCGUUUCUCAACAGCCGAAGCCCUCACAACUCGACACAGCUUAUUGAUUUCAAAUUGUCUGGUACUAUUUGAACAAACAAUUAGAAUAAAAAAAUUUUCUCAGUU